AUGUCUUUCAGCGAUUCUGAUGAUGAACCUCCUUCCCUCGUCGAGGCGUCCGAUAUCUCACAACCCAAUCCAUCAUCCGCUCCUCCCUCGCAAUCCGUGCGCGUACCACUGACAAUCAUAUGCGGCUUCCUAGGCGCCGGAAAAUCGACUCUGCUCAAGCGCAUCCUCACAGAAAAACAUGGCUAUCGGAUAGCGGUCAUCAUGAACGAGUUUGGCGACACUGCUGACAUCGAAGCCAAAACGAUCAACGUAUCUUCUGCCGAUGAUCCAACGGCGGAACAGACAGAAGAGUUUCUAGAGCUCGCGAAUGGGUGCCUGUGCUGCAGCAUUAAAGACACCGGGGUAGCCGCCAUCGAGAAGCUGAUGCAGAAGAAGGGCGCUUUCGAUUAUAUCCUGCUGGAGACUACCGGCCUGGCCGACCCUGGUCCUAUCGCCUCGAUGUUUUGGCUAAACGAAGAGUAUGCCAAUGGGCUUGCGGAUAUUGUUCUGGAUGGUGUUGUCUGUGUGGUCGACGCGGUCUUUGGGUUAAAGCAAAUGGAAGAGGAUCAUGAUACGGACGACCUCAAAAUUGGCGAAAGCGUACGGCAAGUCUCUCCGCAGAUCGCAGGCUCAGACGUGAUAUUGCUUAACAAAUCAGACUUGGUAGACCCAUCAUUGCUGGCCGAAACGGAAGCUACCAUAAAGCAGAUCAAUCCCGCCGCACCGAUAUACAAAACCGUCAAAGGAGACAUUGACCUCAAGCACAUCAUCGGCAUUUCUGCUUACAGACUCCCCCCUCCUGACAUGUCAAAGCCAGACGGCAACGCCGACGAUGACACCCACGUCCAUUCUGAAGAUUGCGAACACACACACGAGCUGCCACCCAACCACUACGAGUUGCGCGGCAUCUCGAGUCUGCAAGUAUCAUGUGGAAUCCUGAGCGAGGCGCAGCUGGACAAGCUCGACGUGUGGAUCCGCACCGCGUUGUGGGAAAAUAAAAUCGAGGAUGGUGGUGGCGGGACGUCUGACCUCAAGGUUCUGCGCUGCAAAGGAGCGUUUACGUCUGAGAAGGGCGUGCACUAUGUUCUGCAGGGUGUGCGGAGCAUGUACGAGAUUUCAGAGCUGCCAUCGACCGAUAGCAUGGGCGUACCUGACACAGGAAAGAUUGUGCUCAUAGGCAAAGGCUUGGAUGACGCAGUCCGGAAGAGCCUGGAACAUGUACUCGCAGGAUAA